GUGAACUACAUUUUCAGGAUUUUCAGAACAAUUUGAAUUUGUAAUCAUUGUUUGUUAAAAUCAGUACAGAUGUAUUAACUCAGACUCAGAAAGACAUAUUGUAAUCCGGAUUUAGGUUAAAAUAAAUAUAAACAAAUACUUCAAAAGUAGACGGAAACAUGAUGAAUUUGCUUGUGUUGAUUGCGACAGUUUUAAUAGCCAACGCGGUGCCUUUACAAGCUUAUUCUAUUUUUGACAGUAGUGGGUAUACCCAAUUCGAGAAAAUUAACCGCUUUGACGUAAAUGAACCUGUAGACAACAAUUUAUCGGAGAAAGGAACUGAAGUCCAAUAUGCGGUCCAAUAUCUACUCUUUACAAGGAAGAAUCCCAGAGUGUCUGAAUCUCUGUUUAUAAACAACGCUAACAGUAUUACUAAAUCCAACUUCAAUCCCGGCGUACCAACAGUGGUUAUCGUUCACGGGUGGCUGGGCAAUCAAUACUCGGACAUAAACCCCACAAUCAGAGAUGCCUAUCUUGAUAAAAGUGACGUCAACAUAAUUGUCUUGGACUGGGCAGUAUUGGCUAUGUUAAAUUAUCCAACCGCUGCAGCUGGAGUACCAAAUAUAGGGCGAGAAUUGGGAAGGUUCCUUAGCUUUCUCAAUGAAGUCACUGGAGCUCCAUAUAACAGGAUGCAUUUAAUUGGAUUCAGCUUAGGUGCUCAUAUUGUUGGAAACGCUGGUCGAAAGCUCGGAGGAAGGAUUGCACGGGUCACAGGAUUGGAUCCCGCUGGACCGCUUUGGACUGAGAACAGCAAUCGAUUCCGGUCUACUGACGGUAUUUAUACUGAAGCUAUACAUACUAACGGCUCACCUUUAGGUUUUGGAAUUGAAUUUGCAGUUGCUGAUGUAGACUUUUUCGUCAAUGGUGGCAAGUCACAGCCUGGUUGCCUUGAUAAUCUUUGCAACCACAACCGUGCUUGGGAAGUUUUUGCUGCAACAGUGACUUAUGACCAUCUUGUUGGUAGACAAUGUGCCAACACCCUCCAAAUUACAUACAACAUGUGCCGUGGAAGUUCCCUAAGCGUGGGCAAUGACAAUCUUAACAAGACAGGAGCGGGCAUAUAUGUCGUCAAUACCAACAGAAGUUAUCCGUUCUAAGGCCUGUAUUUGAUAUAUUCAUUAAAGGAUAAUCAAUGCCAUUGAAAUUAAACUAAUGCAGAUACCCUAUAUGGAAUCAUCAUAAAUAAUCCAGUUAAAUAUAUUUUUUCAUUCAUAACUCUAUCAUGAAUAUUGUCACCAGGAAAUAAAAUCGUAUAAAAA